AUGCCUACUCUCAUGUGGUUGCGCGCUGCUGCUGUCGCUGCUCUCGCGACACACGCUACUGCCCAGAAAUGCUACUAUCCCAAUGGCGUAGAAGCUGCAGAUACAGAGAAGCCAUGCUCGUCAGCAGAAGGUUCUGCCUGCUGUCCGGACAACUGGGAGUGUCUCGACAAUGGUCUUUGUCACUAUCCGGCGAACAACCUGUACGGCCGAUACAGCUGUACGGAUCAGAGCUGGGAAUCUGAAGGCUGUGCCUCAAACAUGUGUACUUACAAUAUGAACGCUGUCGGCGGCGAGUCGAUAACACAGUGCUCCGAUCACGACAACCAAUGGUGCUGCAACGCAGACGCCCAACAUGUUAAUUGCUGUAAAGAAUCACCGUCACCACGUCCUUUCUUUGCGCUACAAGACGGAAAGGCGUAUGCGACGAUUGGUGGCAGCACAGCGACAACCGUACCCAACAUCGCUAGUAUUACCGGUCUGGCUGAGAGCGGUAGUGGCUCGGGAGGUGGAAAUUCCGCAUCGCAGACGUCAGCGCAACGGUCCUCAGCUGCUCCAUCCACGACUGACGAUUCGAAUUCGCAAACUGCAACGCCAGACUCUGUCUCGACUACGCCUACGCCCUUUAGUUCUGUCGCGACGAGCUUUUCUACUGGUAGUGCGGGAGUAGUCACCAUCGAAAACACCGUUCUUGUUACCCCAGCAGCGACGGCCGGUUCAAACAACGGUAAUGCUAGUAGCAGUGGAGACGGGGACUCUAACGGUGGAUCAAGCUCGAACCUCGGUCUUAUCAUCGGUUGCGCCGUCGGCAUUCCCCUCGCACUCGCUUUAAUCGGUAUCAUCUUCUGGCUGCUACGAAAGCGCCGCCAGCAGAAAGCCAACCCCUACAAAGAAGCAAGCGAAGUAGAAGGCGACAGCCCAAUUGUCGGCGGUGCAGCAGGAAAACUCAGUAAGAAAGAGACAUACCGAAACUCGAGGCCCGCCACCGCAGAGAUUGACGGCAACCCCGUUGGAGCUGGACGGCCGAACCGAGUCUCCGAGCUCCCAUCUGGAAACGGCUUUGAACCCGGGCAAGGCGCGCCAUACGGACCUGAUGCAGUUGGUAUUGGUGGUGGAAACGGCAAUCGUGCAACCUGGGAGAGCCACCCACCCCAAUACUCACCAGCACAAGCAGCUUUCAGCCAUCCCGAUGCUGCUGAGCUGCCCGACACGAGUGUGCAUCCAGCUCUUAAUGAAAAAGGGCAACCAUACCAACCGUAUAGGCCACCGCAACCUGUUGCAGAGCUGCCAUCGGUUACGACUCCGCCCGAGGAUCUGGAAAAGCAGAUGCAACGGUAA